AUGCCAGCCACAACGGCAGAGACUCUUUCCCUUGUGAGCCGACAGGUAUCGGUCGCGCCACUGGUCCUUCUUUCAGCAGCCGAUCACUAUGGUCGUUCAGCCAAAGGCACGCGGAAGCGAGUGGUAGGUGUUCUUUUGGGACAAAACGACGGCAAGAAUGUCCGGGUCUCAAACAGUUUCGCAGUCCCCUUCGAAGAGGACGAAAAGGACCCAUCAGUAUGGUUUCUAGACCACAACUAUGUCGAAUCUAUGCGAGAAAUGUUCAAGAAAGUCAAUGCUCGAGAAAAGCUGAUAGGCUGGUAUCACUCGGGUCCGAGAUUGCGAGCUUCUGAUCUGGAGAUCAAUGAGCUGUUCAAGAGAUACACUCCAAACCCGCUCCUUGUCAUCAUCGAUGUCCAGCCAAAAGAGGUUGGGGUGCCCACGGAUGCGUACUUUGCGAUUGAGGAAAUCAAAGAUGAUGGCACGACCACGUCAAAGACAUUCGUCCAUACUCCCUCUAUAAUUGAGGCUGAGGAGGCUGAAGAGAUCGGAGUUGAACAUCUUCUCAGAGAUAUCCGAGACGUCGCAGUAGGAACUCUGUCAGCACGAAUCACUCAACAACUCCAAUCCUUACAAGGUCUGCAUCUACGGUUAAGAGACAUCGGCGCAUAUCUUCAAAAGGUCCUUGAUGGAGAACUCCCCCUCAACCACGCGAUCCUAGGAGACAUCCAAGACAUCUUCAAUCUUCUCCCCAACCUGACCACACCUCCUGCAUCACGACCAAACGGGAAGAACCAGGUCGAGAAUAGCGAGCUGGCCCGGUCCAUGAGCAUCAAGACUAAUGAUCAAUUAAUGACGAUCUAUUUGAGCUCCCUCGUACGAGCCAUUACCGCCUUCCACGAUCUGAUCGACAACAAGAACAAGAACCGACAACAACAGGAGGAGAAGGAGGCGAACAAAGAUGGUGCUGAGAAGAAGGAAGGCGAAAAGGAAAAGGAGAAGGAUGAGAAAAAGCCCGUCGUAAAUGGCAGCAAGAAGGAAACCGAGGACAAGGGCAAGGGCAAGAAGAAGCCCUAG